AUGGCGGAUAAUUACUGGGAACUCUCAAAACGAAUGCGGAGCGCUGAUCCUCGACUAAUCCACUGGAAUGUGUAUCCCGCCGCUGGUAAGCCUGCCGGGUCAUACAAUAGAUCAAGUGCCAUUGCCCUUCGCCUCAGGCCGGACAACUCCAUCGAAGACCCGAUCGCGUUUGUAAGUGCGUCUCGUCUCCGGAAUUAUCUACGUCGUCCCUCUGGAGAACCGCAGAGAUCAAUCUAUAUACUCGAAGGUCUAGCUCCAGAAUUUGUGGAAGCGUUUGGGGGUCAUUUUCGCCUCCACCCAUCAGUAUUUCUGGACCAUGAGAGGCUCGUUGCUUUCGAUGACCGACCUACAGGCGAGGCCGGAGGCAUGCCUUUCCUGGUAUCCACGAUCCGCUCGAAGGAACACAUCUCGCUCAAGUACCAUGAACCACUGGUCUUCUCGCCCCCGCCAACGAGUUUCCGGAACUUCUGCGACCAUACGGGGCGACAUAUCGGCAUCACCAGAGUCAUGGGCAAGCUCUCCCCCGUUGGCGUUGCGAGACAAAAAUGCUCCUUUUGGUGCAGGGGGAACGACUCAGACGCUGGUUGGGACUGUCUCAUUAUCUGCGAUCCUCCCAUUGAGAGGCUGCGAGAUGAUUAUUCAAACAGGAUAUCGCACGAGGCGCUGCUCGGGGCCACCCCGGUCGUCCUUCCUCGAGGAUAUGUGUUUCUACCUGCGCAGCUACAGCAUGUUUUGGAUCUAGAUAAUCCGAUGUCUGUUCGCAUGUUCCUCGAGAGGAUUGUGGCGAGUCACUGUACGCAACUCGCAAAUUACCUACGAGAGACAAUUGAGGUGGUCCAGUGGAACCUCUCCCGCCAGCGCGACCUAUCAAUCUUUGCCAUUUCCGCAGUCGAGGAGCAGUGGAGCGAUAUCCAGUCGUGGGACCGACGCCUCGGCGAAUGCAGAGACCAUCUAGAGGCCAUAAUGCUACAACUGCAUGUGCCCUUGGAAUUCCCAGCGGGGCCGAUAGCCCACGGCGCGGAGGAGCGUGCUGCUGAUUUCCAAUAUCUUUUGCGAAGAUUCAAAGAACUCCACUACCGAAUUGGACGUCUCAAUAGCGCCAUUACCGGUCUUGCGAGCAUCUCUGGCAAUCGCCAGGCUUUCAGGAGCAGCAGCUGUCGGUGCAAGCCACCGAACGCUCGCUCCGCGCCGCCAAAAGCACCAAAACCCUGA